AUGGCCAUCAUCGACAAGAAGAUAUACGAGCAAACCCCGAAAGAUGCGAUUUCGUGGAAGAUUCUCUGCUAUGCAAUCAUCCUGUCCUUCUCCGGCUCAGCCCAUGGCUUCAACACGGCCAACAUAUCGGGCGUCCUCGCCUUCUCGCCCUUCAAGAAGCAUUUCGAGCUGAGCGGCAUGUCGGAAGAGUCCCUCGCUGACUGGAAAGCUUGGAUCACCUCCAUGCUGAUUCUCGGCUCCUGUGUCGGCUCCCUUAUAAUCGCCCCCAUCAACGACAAGUUGGGUAGGAAAUGGUCUCUUGGCCUCUCUACCUUCGUCUACUCCGUGUCGGCCAUCUUGAUGAGUGCCAACCCGGGGGGUGCCGGAGGCAGAGCUGAGCUCCUCGUCGGUCGGUUCCUGUCAGGGGCAGGAUCCGGAGCAGCAAGCGUCGUCGGCACGAAUUACAUGGCGGAGAUCGCACCUAGCGCUAUUCGAGGCGGGUUGACCGCAUCAUACAACGCUAACACGAUGCUUUCUGUCGGCCUCGCGUACUGGAUCAACUAUGGCGCGCUGCUGAGCCUCGGCGGCUCCAACGCACAAUGGCAAAUUUCCAUGGGCGUCCAGGCCUUGCCCGGCAUCAUUCUCAUCGUCGGGCUAUUCUUCGUGCCCGAGUCACCGAGAUGGCUGCUGAGCAAGGGCAAGUCGAAGGCCGCUGAGGCAGCGCUUGAGAACCUGAGGUCUCUUCCUAGGGAUCACGCGUACCUUCGCCAGGAACUGUACGAAAUCCGUGCUGGACUUGAGCACGAGCUGGCUCUUUCCCCUGGCUUCAAGGGUUUCCUCAAGGAGAUGGCGUCCUCGAAUGUUCGGAAGCGCCUUGCUCUGGUCAUGAUGAUGCAGAUCGGGUUUCGAUUUUCCGGCGGCAAUACGUUGACAUACUAUAUGACGCCCAUCUUAGAGUCUAUCGGCAUCACCUCGAACUCCUUCAACUACCUCUUUGCUGGCAUUUACGGAAUGGUCAAAUUCUUCUCCGUCCUUCUCUACUGCCUCUUCAUCAUCGACAGACUCGGUCGCCGAACCGGGCUGUUCGUCGGCUCAGGUCUCAUCCUAGUGUCUCUCACCUAUAUCACCGUCUUCCUCGCCGUCUUCGACAAGUCCGGAGAGAUAUCUAAGGCCGGCGGCUUGGUAGUUGUGGUUUUCAUCUAUGUUUUCGCCGUCGGCUACAGCUUCUCAUGGGCCGUCGCGCCAUACAUCAUCAGCGCUGAAGCCUUUCCGACCAAGAUCCGCUCCACUUGCCCCUUUUGCCUCUUCACGUGCGUUACGCUGUGCAUGACGGUCUAUGCGUACUUCGCGUACCCUGAGACGAAGGGCUUGUCGAUGAAGCAUAUAGAGGAGUUGUUCAACAUGCCUUGGUACCGUGUCGGUAGGGCCAGCACCAAGGUUAUCAUCGCGGUGGGUGCGGAACCUACCUUGGAUGAGAAGAAGGAGAGGGGCAUCAAUGUCGAGCAGACGGAGGAUGCUGGGAAGCCCAGUACUGCUUGA